CUCAGCGCUCGGAGGAGGUCGUGAGUGAGUGACGAGUGAGUGAUCCACGUCCACUGUCGAAUAAACAAGAAAAUAAAAAAACAACCUGUCAAAAUAACAACCUGUCAAAAUUCAAAAGCGUUCCAAAAUGUUGCGGUACUGGCUAUGCUUUACCAGUCUCAUCUAUUUGGCGGGAAACUGCGGCGCCAACUACUGCAGGGACGCCAACCUGUGCUGCCAGGGGCGCGACAGCUCGUGCGUGGUGCAGAAGGCGCACCAGAACGCCAUCAUAGAGGACCUAACUGACAAGCCCUGCUACUGUGACCACGCGUGCUUGAAGUUGGGAGACUGCUGUCCGGACUUCAGAGAAACUUGUGGAGUGGUGGACUGCGUAGUAUCGGAGUGGGGGGCGUGGUCGGAGUGCGACACGUCGUGCGGGUCCGGCGGCAUGGAGCGGGCGCGGCGCGUGCUGCGCGCUGCGGCGCACGGCGGCCGCCACUGCCCCUCGCUGGUGCAGCGCCGCGCGUGCCAGGCGCACCACGGCUGCGCGCCCGACAGCGACGUGCCGCUGCGGGAGGAAUCAGCGAUGAUCCUGCCGGGGGCGCUGUCGGUGAGCCGGCGGUCCAACGACACGGGCGACAUCCGCAAGAACCUGCGCCUGCGCAACCCCGACGACCCCGAGUCCAACGCGCACCGCGAAUACUGUGUACAGUUCCUGGUGACGAAAGUAUCAAAGGGCUGCCACACGGACUCCGAGUACAAAGCCCUCAGAGAAGGUAACACGGUAUCAGUGAUGUGCGAGACGGCCGCCCUGCGUCGGGACCUGUCGUGGCGCUGCGGGGGGCACGGCGUGGUGUCGCGGCCGACGCGCUUCUACGCGCUCCUCGCGCCGCACUGCCGGGGCAAGUGGGAGCGCGCUAGCACCAGCCCCGACAGACAUAGCGAGCCGUGCGCGAAUCCGGACUUUAUUUUUGUGUAAAAAAUCAGUUUAGGGUUAGGGUAUUGUGCGGUACGAUAUCGGAUACGACGGUACGAUGUCGUACUCAUUGAAUACAGAGGUGUGAAAAUGGCCGGGAUGUUUUGGUAUAAACAUUCACCUACCUACCUUAUCAUUUUUUGUGUUGUAUGAGAAUAAAUUUGACAUUGAAAAGCACUCUUAUAAUUAAAGACAGUUCCGGAUUAUCGUAUCGCAUAAUGUUAAUGCUCUUAAUUUACGAUUUGGUAGCGGACGACAUAAACAGCAAUCGAUGUGUCGCAGCGAUACUCGAACUUCGAUUUUCUGUAAAAUUCCCUUGGCUGUGUCGCUAAAAUUUAAUAAAAAUUCCUGAGUAUCCCAGCGAUAUCGCCGGUUGAUUCAAGUGGUCCGCUACCAUCUUGUACAUUCAAAGUACAAGAUUGUAAGACUUUUUCGUGUAAAGGUUUAAUUGGUCCAGAUAGACAGUUCACGUUACAGCAGAGGUGACAGCACAACAUCAGCCAUACUCAAAGUAUGCUCCAUGGAGCCCUGGCCCCUGAGUCUCCGCAAAGCCUAUAAAGGGGCUCCGCGAGCGAAAUUAUAUGAAUCGUUUUUAGAUAGUCAUCUGAUACCAGCGUUACGUAAGGUUGAAACGACAAAUUAUAACAUUAGCUUUGUCCACACUGUGCA